AUGGAUCACGUCUUCAGCAGCCGAAAGUGGCAUUGUUCCUCAUUCCAGACUCUCGACAGGCGUGGCGUUUGCAUUGGUUCCGAUCACCAUAUGGUUCGUCAUGUUCUCCGUGCCAUAUCGACGUCCUCUCUCGAAACACAUCAGUCUUUAGAUCUUACGAUGAAGUACUGCGAGUGGCCUACCAAGGGAGGCGACGUUGAAAUUGAAAGGGCCGGCCGAGAGUCUCGUUGGCCGUCGUUGAUUCGAGCCGAGGCAAAUCAAGAGAUCGACUCUGGCUUUCAGGCGUUUCACUCCUGCCCUCCAUUUGCUUUGCUACUCAUGACUUUCGACGAAGCAGUCGUAGGUGUUGUUUACCUUCUCAAACUCACCACGUUCCUCAUCUCUAUGGAAAUCGUCAUCCGCGGUCGAUAA